AUGCCAACCCCACAUCUGUUCAAACAACGAGAGCUUCGUCACAACAAGUCUGUUUCUCCAUCAGCUGCAUCUGUUUUCCAACAAACGAAGAUGUCGAUAUCAAACGAGGCUCUGCAGAAGCUCGCCCGCGAGAUCGAGGUACAGGCUGCUUCCGCGCAGCAACAAAUCGGCAUCGCACGCACUCAAAUAGCUGGCAAACAGAGAGAAGAGCGGCUGGUAAAGCUCACACUAAGCGAGCUUAGCGGCCUGCCGAACGAGACUGUGGUAUACGAAGGCGUAGGCAAGAUGUUUGCAGCCAUACCUGUCACGGAUAUGGCACAAAAACUAGAGGGCCAGACGAGAGACCUGGACAAUGAAGUAGAAAAACUCAGGAAAAGACUAGUCUACCUGGAAACGACGCACAAAAACAGCCGCGAACACAUCGAGCAGAUGCUACGAAAAGCCUGA